GAGCACAAGUCCUCCACGCCGCAGAUAUAAAUCAGGCCACCCCAAGAGACACAAGGACUUCUUAUCCCCAUCCUCAUCUCAUCAGCAUCACAAGACUUCAGUUGACUCUUACCUAAACUCAUACCCGCCUCAAAACACAUCUUCACUCUCAGGAGCGCAUUACUGUCCUCACCAACAACCAACAUCGCAACCAUGCCUCAGCUCGUCGGAAAGCAAGUUGGCCCCACUGGCUACGGCCUCAUGGGCUUCUGCACCAAGAACCCUCCCACCCCUCAAGAGCAAGCCUUCAAGGCCAUGCGCGCCGCCCUUGAGUCCGGCGCCAACUUCUGGAACGCCGGUGAAUUCUACGGCUCGCCCGACUGGAACACCCAAAAGCUUCUGGCCGCCUACUUCAAGCAGUACCCCGAAGACGCCGAGAAGGUCGUCCUCUCCGUCAAGGGCGCCUUCCUCUUCCCGCAGAUGGUCCCCGACUGCUCUCCCGCCGGCCUCAAGCGGUCCAUCGACGCCUGUCUCGCCGACCUGGACGGCACCCACAAGAUCGACAUCUUCGAGCCCGCCCGCGUCGACCCCAAGGUGCCGCUUGAGGAGAUGCUCAAGUACCUUGAAGACGAGUACGUCAGCAAGGGCGUCAUCGGUGGCAUCGGUCUAUCUGAGGUUUCGGCCGCGACUAUUCGCAAGGCGGUCAAGAUCACCAAGAUCGCUGCGGUGGAGGUCGAGAUCUCCCUUUGGGCGACGCACACGCUUGAGAACGGUGUCGCUGAGGCUUGUGCUGAGUUUGGCAUUCCGUUGAUUGCGUACUCGCCCAUCGGCCAGGGCAUGCUCACCGGCCAGAUCAAGACGCUUGAUGAUCUGCCCGCGGACGACUUCCGCAGGCAUUACCCCCGAUUCUACCCGGAGAACUUCCACUUGAACAUUCAGCUGGUUAGCGAGCUGAAUGAUCUGGCUAAGAAGAAGGGGUUCACGCCCGCGCAGUUGGCGAUCAACUGGGUCAAGUCGCUGAGCAAGAAGCCCGGUUACCCGACGGUUAUCCCGAUCCCCGGUGCGACUACCGCGGAGAGGGUAAAGGAGAAUAAUGUGGAUAUCGAGUUGACUAGCGAGUAUUUGGAGAAGAUUGAUGAGACGUUGAAGAAGUUUGAGAUUGCCGGGAGGAGGUACCCUGAUGCUGUUCCUAUUGACACCUAAGUGGUGUCUAUGUCUGGUUUCUUCCUUGGCUACCUUACCAUACAUAGACUCGACAGGUUUCUUUGUCACGGCCUUUCAUCACUUGUUCAGGAAAUUACAAUGGCGCAUGACAAUACACGAGAAAGCCAACAGAAGGAGAGUGGGAUUAGACAUUAGGUACUCAAUUCAGUCUGCUUCGUCUUUA